CGUUCACUUUUCCCUGCCCCAGUAUAUUUGGCAUGGAUGGAGACAGCAGAGCCGUGAAGAAAUGAAAAGAGCGCGAAAAGGACAAACAACAAUUCUUCAUUGUUGGUCAACACCAACAACUAAAAAAAAGGAAAUAUCUUCACUAAAAAGAGAUUGCUCCAUCCUCCUGCUGGCCAGCGUGGUCUCCACUCUGGGCGGCCUGGUGUUCGGUUACGAGCUGGGCAUCAUCUCUGGCGCUCUGCUGCAGAUCAAGACCGAGUUCGGCCUCUCGUGUGUCCAGCAGGAGGCUCUAGUCAGCUCUUUGUUGACCGGAGCCUUGCUGGCCUCCGUCGCUGGUGGCUGCUUGAUCGACCGUCAUGGCCGCAGGAACUCCAUCCUCCUCAGCAACGUCCUGGUCCUCACUGGCAGCCUGGUCCUGCUCAUCAGCUCCUACCCGGCGCUGGUGCUGGGCAGGAUCACGGUGGGCUUCGCCAUCUGCAUUUCCUCCAUGUCCUGCUGCAUCUUUGUGUCAGAGAUGGUGACUCCUGACCGAAGAGGCUUCCUGGUAACGCUGUAUGAAGCAGGGAUCACUGUGGGCAUCCUGGCAGCUUAUGCUAUGAACUACAUCCUGUCAGGGUCUGAAACAGGGUGGAAGUGGAUGUUCGGGUUGGCUGUGGUGCCGGCUUUGGUGCAGCUGGUCUCCAUCUGGUUUCUCCCGUCCAAUGCUAAGGAAAGUUUCAGCCAAAGAGAGCUCAUGGAGACCAUUGAAACCCAAGAAGCAGACGACGGCAAAGUCAUCUCCAGCAAAGAAAACAAGGCAGUUCAGUACAGCAGCUUCUAUCUGUUCCAGCGCCAUGACAACAUGAGGACUCGCACCGUCAUCGGGCUGGGACUGGUUCUGUUUCAGCAGUUCACGGGGCAGCCCAACGUCCUCUUCUACGCCUCCACCAUCUUCCACUCGGUGGGGUUUGAGAGCGACGCCUCGGCAGUGCUGGCGUCGGUUGGUUUGGGGUUGGUCAAAGUGAUCGCAACUCUGACGUCGAUGGUGUUUUUAGACAGAGUGGGGAGGAGGCCUCUACUCAUCAGCAGCUGUUCUGUCAUGGCUGUUUGUCUGAUCACCAUCGGACUCCUCAGCGGACGAUCGCUGAUGAAAUCUAUGAAGCCUUGUGAUUCUCAGAACGUCACUCUGGUCAACAGAACACAUCUACCUCAAUCACCUGCUCUCAGUCCAGCAGUUGUGGAACCACCUCUUAGUGAAAGUCACCAUUUUUUCAAUAACAACACAAAAGAUGAAGAUCAAAUGUCCAAUAAAGUCAGACAGGCUUCUCCAGAGUCUUCUCCAAACGUCCACAGCACAGUUGUGAACUGGAUCAUUCUCAUGUGUAUGAUGGCGGUUGUCAGCGGAUAUUCAGCUGGAUUUGGACCAAGUUAG